CAUAUGAAUUGACACCCUGCCUUUUUUUGCCUCCAUCGCCAAAACAAUCUCAUCCACAAAAUGAAAUUGUUCCAUGUAAGAGUAGUAAGAACCAUACAAUAUACACUUAAUAAAAAGGUCCCGGAUUCUGCACCAACCCGAAUAACAACUUGUACAACUGUUCUAUGGAGUACUAAUUACUUGAAAAGGAAAUUCAAAUCCCAUCUCUCAAACUCUUGAACAAUUAUUUCUGUGGGUACGUUCAGCAAAUUCUCAACUUUCUUCUUCUCAGGGAGCAACUGCAUCUGAGAAUAAGUAAAGCAUUCAAAGGAAGGACAACAAAAGGAUAAUUAUAUUGUCAGAAGCAUGUCUGAUCAUGAUGCAAGGCCUUCUCAUGAUGAGGAUGUAACAUCUAUGGUAUCCUCUCAAGCUUAUCAGCCGACCUUGAUGUCUCGGUGGAUUAAUAAUAGUUCUAAGCCAGAAUCUACAGUUGACAAUUCUUCAUUCAAGAGUUUCAAUAAAGGACAUGUUGAUACAAGAGGUUUCCUGAUGCAGAGUGGGUUUAAGACAGAAGAUAGUCUUCAAUCUGGGAAAGGAGUAAGUAAAAGUGCUGCAGAAAUGAAUACCGGGGGAUGUGUUAAUCCGGAUUUGACUAAGAAACUGGGGGAAUUUAAGACUAAAUUCGGUAAUUUAUCUUUUCCUACUCUGACCCUUGGCCAAUACAAAGAGACUGCUUCCACAAUCGGAACAGAAAUUGAUCAUGAGUUAGGCAACAACUCUAUGGCUCUAGCCUUAGUUGGUAAAGAGGAUACUUCAAGGGAUUUCAAUUCGAGGAGUAACAAGCAACAAGUCAUGUCUCAUUGUACAUAUAACAAUUCUGAUGUAUCAAAGCCAGUUGUGGUAUUUGGAAGACACUUUUCGAAUGAUAAUUUCACGUGCUUUAAUCAGGAUCGUUGCAAGUUUCAAAAUUCAUCUUCAGUCCUGUUUCAUGAGAAGAAGAUGGAAAGUGACUUUUGUCAUGAAUCCGGACCGAAUGGUGGAGUAAAUCUGCAACAUGGGAAAAAGAAUUUCCAGUCCUUUUUCCUCAAGCAGCCGUCACAAAAUGUUCCAGGCCAAUCUGUCGAUGGAGUCCCAUGUUCUUUCCGGAAUGUGGAAACUAUGAGGAUAUGUACAAUGGUUGAUUCUAUGGAGAAUUCACCUGGAGAUCCUCCCAAAAUUUCUCAGAGGGCCCACCACAUUUUAUUCACCAAAGAAACUUGUGUUAAUUUGUCAAAAGGACAUCAUCAGGUGAUCAUAGAACCAACUUCAGCUCGUCAAGAAGAGAAGUCAUUUGGUGGACCUUUUAGCAUGUUUACUAAUGUUGUCCCUCGUUCAAGAGGAGUGAAGAUCCAACCUCUGUGGACCUCCACUGAUGAUAGUGAAGAAAAGGAAAAUACAGGAAAUCCAUCCAUCUGUAAAACAAGUUCAAGGAAUGAAGCGUCUGCUGAAACUGAUGGACUGCAAGUCGAAGCUCCAAAGAAGCGGCAUAUUUUAUUUGGUAUGGAAUCGUCCCCAUUUACUGAGGAUGAUACAAUGGAUGAAAGUAGCCCACCAGCUGCCUGUGAUUCAAGCACAGAAAAAGCUAGAAGCAAAAGACCUAUAACAGAGAUACCUGAUAUAAAUGAAGAGCUACCUGGGCUCCAACCUGCAGUAAGCUCAACAGAUGGGAAAGAUCCAAGUACCUCAAGAGUCUGUAGUUUGAAUGCCAAACAUCUCUUUUCAUCUCAUGAACAGACCUCAAGGUCUGAGUACAAUGCCCAGCAAGAACAUUCUCCUGGCGCAGACUCUAGUAACAGAUGGAUUAAGCGUCUGAAGGUAAGUUCUUCAGAUUCAUUUGGGAUUGAUACCAAGAGUUCAGAUAUAGGAGAAGGCUCAUCACAUGAGAAAUUUAAUACAUUCUUCAACAGAAUAACGAAAUGCGAUAAAGAAAGCUUUGAUUCCAAGUUACACAAACAAAAUGGUCCUGCACAUAUGGCAAUAGAUCAAAAUGCAGAGUCACUGAGAAAUGGUGAAUCCUCCUCGUCACUGGGUUUGACAAAGAGAAACCAAAGCUCAAUGCUAGGUUGUUCUUGGAUUCAGAGGUGGUGUCAAAACUGUACGGCUCCCCCACGAAGUAAUCCUGAGCCAUUGGUGAUAUGUGAACCCCGUCAUUUAAAGACUGGGCAGGAUGAGCUUGUAAAGAAAGAGUUCCCAAGUAUUGCUGCCAUGGCGCUGAUGGGUAAGGCCAUGAAUGGAUUUCGUUCAUGCGAAUUCAAGAAAAGAGGGUCCAUCGUAGUUUGGAAUACCAAGGAGUAGUAAGAUACAUCUGCAAACACCUACCAAAAGGUAAAUUGUUGGGAGAUUCUCUUGUUGAUUGUAUAAUAUGGAUGUUCAGAACUAUCCUUAAUUUAUUUCUUAAUCGGACAAGAUUAAUGGCCAUGCUUAUAUUUUAGAGGCCACUGGCAUUCUACAUUUCCCCCUGUUUUUUUUUUUUUUUUUUUUUUUUUGGGGUGUUAAGGGUGGAUCAUCCUGUGGAAGUGGUUUUCCUCCUGGAUGCAGCCAGGUGCUGGCAGGACCUCUAUUUAGGGUCUAGAAUUCAAGUAGGCAUCGCUUUAUUGCAACUCAAUGAUGCAUCUUUUCUGAACGGCAGGACAUGAUAUCAUGUAUGUGUGAUUUGAUCCUUUGGCUGCUAUUUGAGGCAUAAACUUCUUACCUUGGCACUACCAAACAGGUAUGUAUGGAGAGUGCCCAGAUAAUCCCCAGUGUUUCUGCUGUAGUUUGAUGUGGUCAGUUAUCUUUUGUCAAAUAUUUCAUUUUAUGAGAUUCUUGUUGAUAUUUUUCAAUUCUAUAAAAAGUGUUUUCUUUA